UGAUGGGCGGGGUGAGUCUGCCUACAGAGAACAAGUUCUGUGAUCGGGUUCCCAGCCUCGGAGGGCUUGCCUGUUCUGAUUUCCCAUAAGCCUCCAUGUCCACACUAACCUUGGUCUCCGGGUCCCUUUCAAGUGUCCUCAAGGUUCUCUGAUUCGACGCGCCAAGUUGGUCGCGUCCGAGGAAGUAGUCAGCGCCGGGUGACCGGGAGGGCUCAGCGAGCUGCAGCCGAGGCGGAUCAGUGCGGUCGGAAGAGUGACCGGGCGAUGGGGUGUGUGAUCUUAUUCGAAGGUCUGGUUUACUUUGGCCACAUGCUGUCUUUGAGCCUGUCACAGUUAAAAGACCUCAAGAAAGUCUGAGUCCUUGAGCAAAGAUUUCAAAUAAGAAGAAAGAGAAUUUUAGAUCUGCAGGUGAACUCACGACAGACUCCUGGAAAGAUAUGAUAGGGAAGCCCUGGAGAUAGGAUCCUAAAAGAGGUGCCGCUAGGAGCCCUUUGGGAACCAGCUACAUGCUUCAGAGCCGUUUGCAAGAAGACCUCUUCAGACGUCUGAAGGCAGAUGUGACCCUAGAAGAUGUUUUGUUUUUAUUUUUUCAAGUUUGCUCUUGGAGAAAUGCUGGUGUCUCAUGAUUCCUGCUUUUUGACCAGUGUUUCCAGGUUCCUAAAAAGCACCUGGAGGAGGAAGAAUUUUUUGCAUAUUUAGAAAUCAAGACUUUGAAGGUGGCUUACCUACUUUAUGUUGAUUAACAGAAUUUUGACAGUGAAAGUGUCAUUGUAUUAAUGAGAUAGCUACAGGAUGCUCAAGAGCUGUUCUGGCUUUUCUGGAUUCUGUGCUUCACCAACAGAGGAAUCCUAUAGAUCAUUAAUUAGCUCUCACAAUUCUAACACCAUGAGUGAUGAAUUGGUGACAUUCAGAGAUGUGGCCAUUGACUUCUCUCAGGAGGAGUGGGAGUACCUGGACCCGGCUCAGAGGGACUUGUACAUGGAUGUGAUGUUGGAGAACUAUAGUAACUGGGUGUCGCUUGAUUUGGACUCAACAUAUGAGACCAAAAAUAUAUUUUCAAAAAAGGACAUUUUUGAAGUAAUUUUUUCCCACUGGGACACAAAGGAAAAAAGUAAAACCCUGGGCCUUGAGGCAUCCAUUUUCAGAAAUAACUGGAAGUGCAAAAACAAAUUUGAAGAACUACAGGAACAUCAAGAGGGAUACUUAAGUCAAAUGAUUUUCAGCUAUUCAAAAAUGGCCACAUACAGAAAAAGUAAAUCUCUUAUUCAACAGGAAAGAAUUCAUGAUAGAGAGAAACCCUCUGUUUGUAAGGAAUGUGGAAAGAGUUGUAGUCAUGGCUCAAAACUUGUUCAACAUGAGAGAACUCAUAUAACCGAAAAACACUUUGAAUGUAAAAAAUGUGGGAAGAACUUUUUUAGUGUCUAUCAGCUGAGUGCACAUCAGAGAUUUCAUACUGGUGAGAAACCCUAUGAAUGUAAACAGUGUGGCAAGACCUUCAGUUGGGGAUCCAGCCUCAUUAAACAUGAGAGAAUCCAUACUGGGGAGAAGCCUUAUGAAUGUAACGAAUGUGGGAAAGCCUUCAGUCGGGGCUAUCACCUUACUCAACAUCAGAAAAUUCAUAUUGGUGUGAAGUCUUAUGAAUGUAAGGAGUGUGGGAAGGCCUUUUUUUGGGGUUCAAGCCUUGCUAAACAUGAAAUAAUUCACACAGGUGAGAAACCUUAUAAAUGUAAAGAGUGUGGGAAGGCCUUCAGUCGUGGCUAUCAACUAACUCAGCAUCACAAAAUCCAUACUGGUAAGAAACCUUAUGAAUGUAAGGUUUGUGGAAAGGCUUUUUGUUGGGGCUAUCAGCUCACUCGACAUCAAAUGUUUCACACUGGUGAGAAACCCUACCAAUGUAAGGAAUGUGGGAAGACCUUUAAUUGUGGAUCAAGUCUUGUUCAACACGAGAGAAUCCACACUGGUGAGAAGCCUUAUGAAUGCAAAGAAUGUGGGAAAGCCUUCAGUCGUGGUUACCAUCUUACUCAACAUCAGAAGAUUCACAGUGGUGAGAAACCUUUUGAAUGUAAGGAAUGUGGAAAGGCCUUUAGUUGGGGUUCAAGUCUCGUUAAACAUGAGAGAGUUCACACUGGUGAGAAGUCCUAUGAAUGUAAAGAAUGUGGGAAAGCCUUUGGUAGCGGGUAUCAGCUUACUCGACAUCAGGUAUUUCAUACUGGUAAGAAACCCUACCACUGUAAGGAAUGUGGAAAGACCUUUAAUUGUGCGUCAAGUCUUGUUCAACAUGAGAGAAUCCAUACUGGUGAGAAGCCUUAUGAAUGCAAAGAAUGUGGGAAAGCCUUCAGUCGUGGUUACCAUCUUUCUCAACAUCAGAAGAUCCACAGUGGUGAGAAACCUUUUAAAUGUAAGGAAUGUGGAAAGGCCUUUAGUUGGGGUUCAAGUCUCGUUAAACAUGAGAGAGUCCACACUGGUGAGAAGUCCUAUGAAUGUAAAGAACAUGGGAAAGCCUUCACUAGUGGCUAUCAACUUCAAGUUCAUGAGAGAUUUCAUUCUGGUGAGAAACUUUAUCAGUAUGAGGAAUUUGGGGAGACCUUUACUCAUAGCCCAAACUUGGAUCAACUUGAGAGAACUCAUAGUAACAAUAAGCCCUGUAGAUAUAAAAUUGGGAAGGCCUUUAUAUGGACAACUUGCUCAGACAAGAAAAUUGAUACUGGAGAAACCUUGUGAUUAAAAAGAUGUGAGAGAACAUUUUUGUGUAUGGACAGCUUGACAUGACAGCUUAUUCCUAAGAAACCAUAUGAAUGUGUGCCAAGCAUGGUGGCACAUGCCUAUAAUCCCAACUAUGCAGGAGGCUGAGGUAGGAGGAGUAUAAGUUGAAGACUAGCUUGGGUAACUUGAUGAGAACCUAUCUCAAACUAAAAAAUAAAAAGGACAGGGGUUGUAGCUCAGGGGUUGUAGAGCACCCCCGGGUUCAUUCAAUUUUGGUAUAGCAGAAAGAAACCCAGUGAAUGUAAGGAAUAUGCAAAAGCUUUUCCUCCAGUGUGUAGACAAUUUACCUGUUAUCAGCCAAUCCAUACUAGUGAGAAAUAUUUUGAAUAUAAAGAAUAUGAAAAGACCUCUAGGCUUCUGUGUGAUCUUACUGAACAUCAAUUUAUACUGGUGUGAAACCAUUUUAAUGCAAAACAUGAAGAUAUUUAUUCAUGGCACAAAGUCUGAUCAACACCAGAGAGUUAAACAUGUUAGAAGCUGGGCAUGGUGGCACAUGCCUAUAAUCCCAGUGGCUUGGGAGGCUGAGGCAGGAGGAUCAUGAGUUCAAAGCCAUAAUUGGCAAAAGCAAGGUACUAAGCAACACAGACCCUGUUUCUAAAUAAAAUACAAAAUAAGGCUGGGGAUAUGAGUCAGUGGUCGAGUGCCCCUGAGUUCAAUCCCCAGUACCAAAAAUAAAAAAAGUUAGAAUUGCUUUAAAAUGGUAAGCAAUCUGGGAAGAAUCUAAACUUAAUUCAGUUCUUGCUGUGCACCAGAGAAUUCAUAUUGCUAUGAAAUUCUAUGACUGUAAAGAAUACAGGAAGGCAUAUAUUAUAGAGUACAUCAGAAACUUCAUCCAAAUGAGAAACUCCUUGAGUUAAACUGCAGGAAGACCUUUAGACAGGUACUGCUCAAAGUAUUUUCCAGAGACUACUGCCAGUCCACAGAAUUGUCUUCUGUCCAUCCUGAGAUAAAUGCAGAAAAUGAGAGCAAAUAUUUGGAUGUUUUUUAUAGCAAUUUGGUAUUACCAUAAGUUUCAUCAUUUUAUGAACGUACUAGCCCAUAAACUAUUGGAAAUUAAAAGCAAAAAGUUUGUCCUUCCCAAGUAAUAAUUUUAGAAAUAAUAUUCAUUCUUUUUUAAAAACACAAGUUAGUAUGAUUGGAUUCAAAUAAGAAAUCCUUCAUUUGUCAGGAACUUUGGA